UGACAACAUCGCAUUCCUGGUCGCAUUGUUCAGUGUUCUUUUCUGAAUUCUUCGCUCGUUGCUGUCUCAUCGUCGCCUCAGUCAGAUCAGUCAUUCUCUAAGCAAUAAUGGGCGGUGUCAAUCCUCCAUUCCUCUACGAUCCCAUCAAAACAGAGGGACCAGGGUCUCCAUACCGGGAAUUUGAUCCCAAGGCCGUCACUCGCGCAAGUUAUACACCUAAACCUCCACGGCCGAAGCAUGAGGGACCGUUGGUCAACUUCAAUCAGCAUCCUGAUUCAUAUCUUAUCCUCCCCUACGGAAGCUCAACUGCGACACCUAUGAAUCCCAGUGUGAAGAAAUGGAUAAAAUGGAUGCGCAUCAUACAACUGGUGUUGCGAUGCCUCGAAUUGCUUACGGCACUCGGACUACUGGCCUUGAUGAUCUUGAUCAAAGGUGUUGACGCCUCCACUGGCUGGGUCAUGAGAAUAGUUCCCGGAGUAGCCAUUCUGCACACAGUCUACGGUGCAUACCACCUAUGCCGUAAACCGUCAGGACGAACACCCGCAUCUUCAGCAUCCUACAUGCUCUUCGCUUCCUUCUUCGACGUCUCUAUCGCUCCCUUCUAUGGAUUCAGCGCACUCGUAGCCAUGACCCGACAAUCCGGUUGGAAAACAAUACUCUCCAAUCCUACUCUCAUAAACACCUUCUCUAAAUGCGUCUUCUAUCUCGCAGCUGUCGGUGGUGGUUUACACCUUAUCUCCCUCGGAAUCUCGAUUUAUCUAGCCGUGACCUUCCGCAAGAUCACAAAGCUCCCGCCCGAUAUGAACCCAUUGGAAGACCACCUUACCACUCGCCAUAAACGUAACAAAUCCUCCGUCUCCACGGUAAUGUCCUCCAACUACUCGGAGAAACGAAUCUCGCUCCCAUUGGAAAGCAAGCAGGCAUCCGGCGCCGCAUACGAGGAUCUCAGCCGCCCGCCCACAAUCCCCUUCUUCCACACACGCACGCAAUCCACAACCUCCUUCUCAACCUACAAAUCUACACCCCCUCCAUCUCGAGACGCACGCUCCGAUCUCCCACCACGACAAUACCAAGCCGUCCCCUCCAACCGCUCCUCCCUCGCCGCCGACCAACUAAAGAGCACUCCAGGCUCCAACUUCAGCACCCCACCCCAAAACCAAUACACCCCACCGCCCUCCCCUCUAAAGCGCGGCCCAGCACCAUACGCCCACGAAAUCCUCCAAUCCGACACCUCCUCCCUCCGCACAACCACGACCCGCAACGUCGGCGCCGUCAACGAACCCUGGUUCGCAAACGACAGCAUCGGCCGCAACGCACGCACGCGGUCCUCUCCAGCCAAGAAAGCGCAAUACCAACGCCUGCACCAAAGACACGAUUCCGAGGAAGAUAUCUCCAUCGACGUAGCGACCGACUAUGGCUCGUCGUACGAUCAUCCGAAUCCGUUAGAGGCGAACCCACCUACGCCGCGCCAUAUCACGAAUUUCAAUUUGAGAGAGAAUUCAAAUUCGCCGCUGAGUGAGAUUAGCAGUAACAGCCAUCGGUAUGGGCGUAGUGUAGUCGAUCGUAGUAGGAAUUUGGGGAUGGGGAUGGGGAUGGGGAUGGGUAAUGUGAGUGGUGAUAUUGCGGACAUCACAUCGCCUGAGCUUGAGCGCGCGAAGGAGAGAGAGCGGGAAGCGGAACAGAAAGAUCUUGCGUUCAAGGCGAAGCACUAUGGGGAGCUGAAGCCGGGGACACCGCCGAUUAUGAUAGGUGGGUCGAACAGACAGGUGUCGAGUGGGAAUUAUUUCGGUAAUAAGGGUGGAUUCCGAGUCUUGGAUAGACGAGAUGUGAGUGGUAAGGUUGCUGAGGAGGGACGAGGUGGUAAUAAUGGGGGAAAGGGAUGGGGGACUCGGUUUAGGAAAGUGAGUGGCUUGUAA